AUGCAACCUGUUAUCACGAUUAUGACUACAGGAUCUAGUUCUCUUCCAGAUGUGAUCAAUCCAUUCCGUAGUCCUUUCAGCACCGUACCUGCAACUACUUCACCGUUUGCUGCGUUACGUAACUUACAGGUAACAGUAGGAAACGUCCCAAUCUGGGAUAACCCUGUCAACUUCGGCUACGAUCUCUUCGUUCAAGAAAUGUCGAAGUCUGGUGUUGACGGUGGCCUAGACGAUGUAACAAUCGCUGGUUUACUUUGUCAACGUCUAUGGGAAUCGCUUUACCGAUUCGUUGCUGUCGAUAUUAGCCGUCGUCUACCUAGUGAAGAUGGUGUGAGCAAGUCGAUCAUUGUUUCAGGCACGAACAACACGAACUACGCGCUCACGAUCUAUUACCAUAUCCUCCGUGAAGUCGUUGCUAGCGUCGACACUGCUAUGGGUACUGUAUCGCAAGGUCCAGUUCAACAUUAG